AUGGUGUAUGUUUUUGAUAGAACACUUGAUGAGAGGGUGAUGAAUAGAAUAGCUAAUCUUAGGCUUAUGAUAAUGGAGAGUGAUCAAAUUUGUAUUGAUCAACUUAGAAUGGAUAGGAGGGCAUUUUGGAAGCUUUGUGAAAUGCUUAAAUCGAUUAGCAAAUUGGAAGGGAAUAGAAAUGUUCAAGUGGAAGAGAUGGUUGCAAUAUUCCUUCACACCCUAGGCCAUCACUCAAAAAAUAGAGUUAUGCAAUUGUACUUUCGUAGAUCGGGUGAGACAGUAAGUAGGCAUUUUAAUAUUGUCUUGAAUGCUAUCUUGAGGCUACAUAGACACUUGCUAAAGAAUCCUGAGCCUGUCACAGAAAGAUCAACAGAUGAGAAAUGGAUGUGGUUUCCGAAUUGUCUAGGUGCAUUGGAUGGUACCCAUAUUAGAGUGCGGGUCUCGGAGAAGGACAAACCUAGAUAUCGAUCGAGAAAGAAUGAGAUUUCUACAAAUGUACUUGGCGUUUGCUCACAAGAUAUGCAGUUUAUUUACGUGCUACCUGGAUGGGAGGGGUCAGCACAUGAUAAUAGAGUCCUUAGGGAUGCCAUUUCUCGUAGAAAUGGAUUAAAAGUUCCGCAAGGCUAUUACUACCUGUGCGAUGCUGGGUACACAAAUUCUGAAGGUUUCUUAACUCCAUUUAGAGGUCAAAGAUAUCACCUCAAUGAGUGGAGACAUGGUCAUCAACCCACUACACCAGAGGAGCUCUAUAACAUGAGGCACUCAAAAGCUAGAAAUGUAAUUGAGAGAUGUUUUGGCCUAUUAAAGAUGCGAUGGGCAAUCCUUAGGAGCAAUACUUGGUACCCUAUUAAGACAAUGUGUAGGAUCAUUUCUGUAUGUUGUUUGCUGCACAACUACAUUAGAAAAGAGAUGUCUGUAGAUCCUAUUGAGGCUUUGUACAAUGAAGAGGAGUGCUCUCAUGGCAAUUUUCCACAGGAGCAGGGUGCAUAUAUUGAGUAUAUUGAGUCAUCUGCAUCUUGGAAUGCAUUCAGAGCUAAUCUUGCUGCCCAAAUGUUUGAAGAGUGGCAGCAUAAUAGAAUUUGAGAAAAAAUUGUGAUGUUUGUUGUGUUUAAUAUUUGGGGCUCUUAAUAUUUGUAUGAACAUUAUGUGUUAUGCUGUAAUCCUUGUUUAAUAUUUUCCUUGCUAUAUUAUAAUCUUGUGUUAUGUCAAAUUCUUACUUAAUAGUUCCCUUGUAUCCAUUCAUUUAGAUAAUGCAAAUGUAAGAUCA